GAGGAAAACAAAAAAAUCGAAUGGCCUCCCGUGUGCUUCGGAAUUCGCGCAGUCUCACCACUCUUGACUGCUCUCAGUCACUCUUAUAAUCACUGAUGCCAACAACACUCCCUCUCCAAUUCCAAUGGGCUCUUUCACUUGGGUUGGUGAGUACAACGCCGCCGUCGCCGCCGCUACUCCGACUCCGACGCGGCGGAGCAAGAGGCUCCAGCGCUCCAGGAAGAUGGAGUUCCUCAGCUGGGGCUCGAGGCCGUUGAUUGAGUUUCUCGACUCGAUUGGGAAGGACACGACGAGGCAGAUCUCUCAAUACGACGUCGCUACGAUCGUGACGGAGUACGUCAGCCAGAAGCAGCUUCUCCACCCCACGCGGAAGAAGAGGAUCGUCUGCGACGAGGCGCUGCUCUCUCUCUUCGGGAGGAAGACGAUCGCCAGGAUCAAGAUCUACGACUUGCUCCAGCCGCAUUUCGCCGACAAUUUGGAAGACGAUUCCGAUGACUCGUCCGACGAGUCCAACGACGACGUUUUGGACGACGACGAGGAGGGGGAGGAGGAGAUUAAGCGGCAGAGGAGGAAGCAGCAGAAGAGGAGAUUGGCUCUGCAUGCGCCUCCGCCGCCUCCGAAGAGCUGCUACGCCGCGGUGAUUCCGGAGAAUGUGAAGCUGGUGUACCUGAGGAGGUCGGUGGUGGAGGCUAUGGUGAAGCAGGACGAGGCUCAGGUGUUCGAGGAUAAAGUCGUCGGGAGCUUUGUGAGGACCAAGACGGAUCCUCAUGACUUUAUGCAGAUAAAUUCUCACCUGCUGAUGCAAGUGAAGGCGGUUCUGAAGAAGCCGAAUUCGGAAUCGCCGUCUGAUGGAGGUGAUGUUCUUCUUCAGCUUCAUGGCGCCGUCAAGGACUUCCCCAUUUCCAUGCUCUCUGAUGAUAACUUCUCCCUGGAAGAAUGUGAGGAUUUACGUGAAAGAGUUAAAGGUGAUUUGCUGAAGAGACUUACAGUGGUGGAGCUUCAACGAAAGGUCCAGGUUUUGCAUCUGGAUAUAACAAAGCAUUGGCUUGCGAGGGAACUUCAAUUCCUACAGAAAGCAAUUGAUCGAUUUAACGAGAAGGGCUGGCGUCGAGAGCUGUUUGAGCACUUGGAAAGAAGGCAACUGCUCCAGUCUCCAGAUGAGCAAGAACGUCUGUUGAGAGAGGUUCCUGAAGUCAUUGCAGAAGAAUUGGAGGUAGAACCAACAGAUUCUGCACAGGAAAUAGAACAACCAAACCAUGGUUCCCCUGGACAUAUCCUCAGGGGAGAUUCAACUCCUAGUUCUGAUAUACCGGCAGAAGGAACUCUUAUCACAUGGACCUCAGCCGGCAUACAUUCUGAAGCAUGCGAGGAUGGUAAUUCGUUGCAAGACUGGCAGAAGCAACCUGCAGAGUCUGUAAAAAUGAUACUAGAUGAGCCAAAAGUAGAAGACAACAAGGCUUCUCAGCAACUUGUAGAUAAGCAUGUAGUGACAUCUCAGGUGGUUGAUUUGAGUGACGACGACGAAAGUGAAGAUCAAAGAUCUGAAAGAAAGUUUGAGAUUCCAAUUCACCAGCUGGGCGCCUUAAUGUGGCAUUAUUUGGAUCCUCAGGGAAAUGUACAGGGUCCUUUCUCAAUCAUUUCGCUAAAGCGCUGGAGUGAUUCUGACUACUUUUCUCCAGAUUUCAAAGUUUGGAAGACUGGUCAAAGUAGUGAUGAAGCUGUAUUAUUAGCCGACAUUCUUCGUUCGAAUUUUCUGAAUAAAAGUGUAUACCAAUAAAAUUUGUAUCCAGUUCAUGGUUCAGCUGUAAUUAUCUUUUCUCCAAUGAUUGAGGGAAUAAUUUCAGUGUAGUGUUGAUUAGCAGAGGAUUACAGUGAUUGUUUCCUUGCAAUUUUGAUUGAUAUUACAACCUUUAGAUGUCAUCGGUGAUGGAUUUGGUCGUCAAGGAGUGAUUAAGAAAUCCCCAAUGCGAUAUUGCAUCCAUGUUUACAACAUUGUACAGUUAAUUUCUAAACAGGGAAAUAAUCAUGGAUUUUGAAGUUCUGAUUUGGGAGAUGUUAGAGGAAACAAGGUAAGCAGUUCUGGU